AUGCCAAAAAGAAAGCUGUUGAUCGAUCCGGUACUUGAGGGAUAUAUUGGCAAAUAUGAACCACAAGAUGAAAGUGAUCUGCAAGGAAAUGCCAUGUUCCCAUCAAUAUUUGCCUCAACAAGUGAUCAACAAGACACAGGCAAAUUGAUUUGCGAUGUUUGUGGAGAUGUGGCUUUUGGAAAACAUUAUGGAAUAAAUGCGUGUAAUGGCUGCAAGGGUUUCUUUCGUCGUUCGGUGUGGUCUCGUCGACAGUACACGUGCCGUUUCGGCGGUGAUUGUCCUGUGGUGAAAGAGCAUCGAAACGUUUGUCGAUCAUGUCGAUUAAAGAAAUGUUUCGAAGUGGGAAUGAAUCCUGAUUCCGUUCAAAACGAGAGGGAUCGACACAGAGCACAUCGAAAGAAAAAAGGAUUGGAUCAACAGACACAGACCGAAUGCCCAAAUGGUGGACCGGCGUGGAUGGAGAAAACGAUUAAAAUCGAGCGCGGUCCGACCCCGUCCGAUCAAAUUACUGAUGAUCUCCCAAAUCCGUGCUCUCUAGAGAAUUGCAUCAUUGCCGAGCAUUUGCUACAAUUGGAACACCAACUCUUCCAAAACGCUCCCUCUCCCUCAAAGUUCAGUCCCUAUUCACCAGUCAGCACUGAUCUACCAUUUGAGGUUCUCUUUCGUAAGCCUGAACUCGUUUGUCCCCGAUAUCCGAUGCAUUUUAAAGCAGAGAAAGCGUUGACAGUGGAAGCGCUUAUUGAUGGUUGGCGUCGACACUUUGUCUAUUAUUCUGAUUGGGUACGCGGAUUGGACGAUUUCAUUUUUCUCUCUGAGCCCGAUCAAGAUUGUUUGGCGAGAAGGAGAUUGGUGCAUCAUGGAUGGAUCAGUCACGCGUACUACUCAGCAAAAUCCCCAGAGACGGGGCUCUGUUUCGCGAAUGGAUCUUUUCAUCCGUAUGGAGAAUCACUUCAACGAUUCACUCCUGAUACUAAAUGCGAAGAGUUCUAUCGUAACUCGAUCGGUCGUUUCGUCAACUACCUUGUCGCUCCAAUGCGAUCAAUUGAUUUAGAUGAAACGGAAAUGGUUCUUCUCAAAGCAAUAACUUUCUUUGCGGAAAAAACUGGUCUAUCAAAUGAGGGAAAGAUGGCGGUUGGGAGAGCGAGAGAUCGAUAUAUAAAUGCUUUGUAUGCACAUAUACGACGAUCCCGCUCUGAUGGAGCGGCGACAGCGACGACUCGUUUGACGAGGAUUCUCUUGUUUAUGAGCACUGUUACGAGUCUUUGCCAUUUGAUGAACGAGAACGUGCAAAUGUCGGCCGUCUUCUAUACGAUCGAUUUUGAUCAAUUGAUUAAGGAUUCCCACUCGACCUCUCCUCGUUCAUCUCCUCCAGCACAUUCAUCUCUCCAUCCAACAAUCCAUCAAUCCAAUCAACAACCACAUUCACAUUUUGAUCCAUUCCUUCGCCAAACCACCGACAACUCUCAAACCCAACCCCCAGUCGUUUCACUUUCCGAAUUUCAU